AUGGCAGACAAACCUCAGGAAAAAACCUUUCAAUACCAAAAUUCCUUACCGAAACUUGGAGUGCCCGAGCUCGACGCUACCCUCAAGAAGUAUUUAAAAUCAGCACUUGUCGAACUUCCUGAAAAAGACCGGAAAGAAACGGAAAAGGCGGUCGAGGAGUUCCGUUCCAGUCCGCUGGCCGGUCAGCUGCAGCAGGCGUUGCUGGCCCGAAAAGAACAAUUGGAUAGUUGGCUCGAUGACUGGUGGUACGAUGCUUAUUGUGAAAUUCGGGGGCCUCUUGUUCCUUACCUGUCCCUGGCAAGUAUCCAGCCAAGGGCUCCGAGGGCCAUUGGAUCGCAAAUUUGUCGAGCGGCCGAUUCCAUCUACCAUAUGUUAAAGGUGUGGGAGAGCUUGAGAAAGCAAACCUAUCCGGUAAUGAAAAGCCGAGGCGUCAUCUGGGACAUGAAUCAAAACUUAUGCCUGUUCAACGCGGCCCGGGUCCCGCAACGCCCCAAAGAUCAAAUGGCACGCUAUUUCAAGACGGAAGAACAAGGCGCCUGUCCGUCUCAUAUCGUCAUUCUUUGCCGAGGGAAUAUCUGGGAGCUGGAUGUCAUGAAAAAUGGAGCUCUAAAAUCUGUUGACGAAUUGUACAGAGCUUUUGAAUUCGUCAGAAAUAAUUCCACAAAAGUACGUCAUUCCGUUGCGACACUAACCGCAGAGCAUCGUGAUACUUGGGCCGAUAUGCGCAGCCACCUUCAAAAACUAUCCUCCAAAAAUGCAGAAAAUUUGCUGAAAAUCGAGUCGUCAAUUUUUGCGGUGGUACUGACGGACGAUGAGAUUCUUGAGGAGAAUGAGCUGCUGGUAUAUUCGAUGAUGGGACAGCCAGACGGGCAAUGGGCCGACAAAAAUAUGAAUAUUACGAUAAUGAAAGAUGGACAGAUUACUACGCAAGCGGACCACUCCAACGUAGAUGCAAUUGUCGUCCUUGACGCAGGAAAUAUAUCCGGUCGUAAAAUUCGGCAUCAUGUCUGGACACCAAAUGAUAAUGUCGAUUUUGAAAAACCCACCCUCAUCGAUUUCGCCUUGGACAAAACUGUCGAAAAAGCCAUAGAAGAAGCCGAAAAUAAUUUCUACAAGCAUAAGGCACAAAUCGGGGUCCGCGUGCUACGGUAUAAUGGCUACGGCAAUGACCAGCUAAAGAAGAUGAAAAUUUACAUGGAUACCGUCAUACAGCUAGCGAUGCAGAUCGCCUUUAGGAAGGUUCAUGGAAACUACGCCCCAAUUUACGAAACCGCCAGCACGCGAAAAUUCUACCUUGGCAGAACGGAAACGAUAAGAAGUCGUACGCCCGAGGCUGUGGCUUUUACUAAUGCGCUAUUGGAGAGUAAACCGGUCAACGAGUUGCGACGCCUUUUCAAAGCCGCCUACGACGCCCAUAACAAAUUGAUGGCCGAGGCGAUGGAGGGAAAUGGAUGUGACCGCCACCUUUAUGGACUUCGAAAAACGCUUGAAAGCAUGAACAAGGGUUCUUGCAGCCCGAAAAGAGCCGAACCAAGGAUAUUCCAAGAUAAAGCCUGGAAACACUCGGGCGGUGAUGGAAAUUUUAAACUAUCGACGAGCUUUAUCGGCUACGAUAAGUUUGGAAGUUAUGGUUAUGUAAGCGCAAUGUGUACAGAUGGCUACGGUAGCUUCUACCGGAUACAUGAUGAUGGAAUGCUACUGACAGCCUCGAAUUUCACCUCCGGAACCUCGAAUUUGGACGAAUAUACGAAAAAUAUCGCCUGGGCCAUGGAUCGGAUCGGCGAAGUUUUGGGCGUCCACCAGGCCAAGCUU